CUAUCAUACACAACAACAACUUUAAAUAACCUUACCAAAAUAUAUAAAAAGUAUUUUAAAUAAAAAUAAAGCUGGAAUUAAAAUAUAAAAUACAAUAAUAAUUUGAUAUAUAAAAUGCUCUGUCUUCGUUCUUUUACCUUUUCAAUGGGUUUACUGCGUCCUAAUAGUAGUGACGUAAUGGUAUGCGCAGGUAUUAAGUACUUUCCACCGCCUAAAAACUAUGACCAUAUUGAAAUACCUGAACGCCAAAGAUUGCGAGUAUAUGAGAAGGUGCCACAAUAUCCACCUAAUUUGAAACCCCCAAAGAUGCAAAAAAGGCUUAGGUAUAUGAGAGGUCCAGAACCAUUGCAUACCACUUUACAAUUGAACCAAUAUGGAGUUGUUGCAACUGGAGGAGGUCGUAUGAGAUUUGAGCAUUUUGAAAUGGCUCGCUUAGUUGUUGCCCGUAAACUGGACCAAAAAAGAAUGUUUGCAAUUUGGAGAAUAGACCCACCCUGGCAGCCAGUCACAAAGAAAGGGCAAGGCCAACGAAUGGGUGGCGGUAAAGGAGCUAUUGAUCACUAUGUAACUCCAAUUAAAGCCGGACGAGUGAUCCUCGAAGUUGGUGGCAAAUGUGAAUAUGCAGAGGUUUAUAAUAUGUUGAAAAUUGUGGCAGAGAGGCUGCCCUUUAAAGCUGAAGCCGUGUCGCAGGCACUCUUGGAAAAGAAAGCUGCUCAAGAAAAAUGGGAAGAAGAAAAUAACCAGAACCCUUAUACUUUGAAAUAUAUUUUCCAAAAUAAUAUGGGAGGUUGUCAUAGGUUCUUAUCGCCAUUUGAUCAUCGCUGGUAUGGCAAAUAUUUAUAAAUAUAUAUCUAUUCAUAACUAUACUUAGCAAAUGUAUUUAUAAAUAUUUUGUAGGAAUAAAUGGAAAUGUUUAAAGUUGC